AGUGAUAGAACACUCUUACUCAUCUACACAUAAUUAUAUAUACUAUUACUCUUACUCCUCCUCUUCUGCGGGCCCGUCAACCAACUCCAGUAUUUUCGCAGCUUCCUGUUUGCGACCCGCAUCUAUUCAUGUGCACCAAGCAAAUAGCAGAACCAGCUCCAUGGUUCUAUUGGUUCCUCACGAACUGGCUCGUGGCCGACCCCAAGUACAUAGUCCUCAACCAACUGGGUUCAUACAAAAACUACCAGGCACAGAAACAGGAAGGUCUUAAAUUCGUAUAUCUUGUCGGAGGGCGAUUAAGAGUGGUUAAAACCCUACCGAUAAAUGUGUUUGUGGCCAGUGUAUUGACGGGCCUAGCGGUGCUUUUCUGGGUGUUUGAGGCCCGCUGGACAUGGAACCACCUUAGUCCGGCGUUGCCCAUUGUGUUUUCUUAUUUGUGGCUCAUCACCCUUGCAAUGUUUAUCAAGGCCGCCACCUCGGACCCAGGAAUUCUACCACGAAAUGUCCACAUGCCGUACGAUCUCCGUCUCCCUACCAACACCACGGCUCCCGACGAGUACUUCAAUGCCAUAUCAUUGCCGUACCUCCAUGACAAAUUUCAAGGUGUCACCGUCAAAUACUGCUCCACAUGCCAUAUCUGGCGUCCACCACGAGCAAGCCACUGUGGAGUGUGUAACGCAUGUGUGGUCAACCACGACCACCACUGUAUUUACAUCAACAACUGUGUGGGCUUGAGAAACUACAAAUACUUUCUCUGGUUUGUACUCGGGGCCAGUGCCUGUGGGAUCAUGGCCAUUAUAACUGGGCUCAUUCACGUGUUCCACUACAAGACAGCGGCCGAAUUCUCCAUCCACACCUUUGGCCAGUCGAUAUCUUCAUACCCCGGGAGUUUUUGCCUAGUUAUUCUAUCACUAAUGGCCAUUGUGUACCCAUUUUUGGUGCUUCUUGUGCACAUUCUCCUCACGUGCCAGAACUUGACUACCCGGGAGUACUUGAACUUCAUGCGAUCCAAUAAGGACUGGAAAAACGUCUUUGACAGACAUAACCUCUUGAAGAAUCUCUAUAUCAACUGGAUAGGGAGGGCUCGAGGGACGUCGUACUUGCGACUCACUGAUCAGUACGAUCCUGAGGACAUCCGGCUCCAGCGAGUGGCUCCGCUUGAAUAGAAAGUGGUUCCAAGAAUAUCUUUGUAUAGUCUAAUAGCAUUCCGUCCUCCA